CCCAGCCUCAGCUAGAUCACAGCAGUUGAGACCGAGAGAGCGCGCACAAAGGGAGGCGGCGGUGUGUGUGCUUGUGUCUGUGUCUGUACAAGGUCGGGUUACUGUGGUAGGCAGCGUCUUCUCCGGUCCACGAGUGGCUUACCUCUCGAGUCAAGGCGGAGGGAGGGCAGGAGCAAGUGAGUAAAUGAUGUCAAGAAGCUGGAGGAGGAGCAGACACGACAGGAGAGAGAACGCUUUAUCAGAAGUGCGUAGUGUAUACGAAGAGGUGCUGUGAGAGGCAGCGGAACACAGGAGAGCGAGGUGCAGGUGGAGGAGCUGAUUCACCCAGACGAAGACCUGCAAGCCGCGGGAAGUGAAAGUGUUGUGAUCUGAAAACAAGGCCUUCAUUGGUAUUCUUUCAAGGAUCCUUCAAGAAACUUCUUUUACCUUGUACAUUAAGACCUUUAAGGGCAGGAUGGAUUCACCAAAGUUGCUCCGAGAGGUGGAUUCUGUGGACGCACAGCUAGAUGUACACAUGGAAGCAGAGCAUAGCACUCUCUCCAAUGGUUUUACAAGAACUGUUAUUGCCUCUGCAGUUAAUGACCAUGGAAACUGUAACCAAACUAAACAAAGCACCUUGCCUAAUGGGUUAAGGAAAGGUACCAGGAAGCAGCAGGACUAUAUCAAAAUUUCUGUGCCUGAACCAAAAAACCGUUUGCCCUUGGAAUGGUGGAAAACGGGCAUUGCCUUUGUUUACGCUCUCUUUAAUCUUGUACUUACAACAGUUAUGAUCACUGUGGUGCAUGAGAGGGUCCCAUCAAAAGAUGCCAGCCCACCCCUGCCAGAUAAAUUUUUUGACUAUAUUGACCGUGUUGAAUGGGCUUUUUCUGUAUCAGAAAUCAACGGGAUGGUAUUAGUGGGACUAUGGUUCUGUCAGUGGCUCUUCCUUCGAUACAAGUCGAUAGUUGGGAGACGCUUUUUUUUCAUCAUGGGGACCCUUUACUUGUACAGGUGCAUCACCAUAUAUAUCACCACACUUCCUGUGCCGGGCUUACACAUGAAAUGUGCUCCAAAGCUAUAUGGAGACUCUCAAGCCAAACUGCAGAGGAUCCUCAGGUUGAUAUCGGGUGGUGGUUUGUCAAUCACUGGCUCUCACAUCAUGUGUGGGGACCUUCUGUACAGUGGACACACAGUUAUGUUGACUCUAACCUACCUGUUCAUCAAAGAAUAUUCACCUUGCCGCUUCUGGUGGUAUCAUAUCUGCUGCUGGCUUCUGAGUGCAGUGGGAGUGCUGUGUAUUCUGGUGGCACAUGAGCACUACAGUGUUGAUGUGGUGAUUGCUUACUUCAUCACAACUCGACUUUUCUGGUGGUACCACACCAUGGCCAACAUACAGACAUUGAAGUCCUCACCUCAUAACUAUCUUUCACGCAGCUGGUGGAACCCAGUCUUCCGUUUCUUUGAGAAGAAUGUACAGACACAAGUUCCGUGUGCUUACUCCUGGCCCAUUACUUGGCCUCCAAGCUGCCUGAAGACAUCAUGUAAAAAUUAUUCAAUGGUCCAGAGUGCCAGAAGACAAUGAAGCAGAACUUCUGGUUACAAUU